AUGGAUCUUGCUGACUCUGCCAAGGAAUCUCGUACAGAAUUAUCUAGUAUAAUGUUCUUCAACGAGUCUCGAAAGCGAAUUGGUUGGCUUAUCAAUGAUAACGGCCUUCAAAUUAGCUCGUCCGGUAGAUUGGUGGUCUAUGACGACAAAGGCAUCUACCUGCUGCCGUAUGUUCUGGAAGACGUAGGUUUUAUCUUCGCGUGGCUUUUAGACACGAAUUAA